AGACAACAAACGACAACUGUAUUUGUUGCAGACCAAAGAUAACGUAAAAAAACGGUUUUUAGAUCCUCUCCUACUUGCCAAACUCAACUGAAACCCCUUUGAUACGUUUUCUUACCAUUCACACCAAAAUCACAAUGGCGGCAGCAGCUAUUGUAUUCACCGUCUCCCAUGACGGAACCGGAGAUUUUCAAACCGUGCAACAAGCAAUCGAUGCUGUGCCGUUCGGCAACUCUCGCCGGACUGUCAUCCGUGUAUCUCCCGGAAUCUACCGCCAGCCUGUAUACGUUCCCAAAACCAAGAAUUUCAUCACUCUUGCUGGGUUGUGUCGUGAGGAUACUGUGAUUACUUGGAAUAACACUGCCACCAAAAUUGAUCACCAUCAACAUGCUAGGUUGAUUGGUACUGGGACAUUUGGUUGUGGAACUACCAUUGUGGAAGGGGAAGACUUUAUUGCUGAGAAUAUCACUUUUGAGAAUUCUUCCCCUCAGGGUUCAGGACAGGCAGUGGCAAUUAGAGUGACAGCAGAUCGUUGCGCCUUCUACAAUUGCAGGUUCCUUGGAUGGCAGGACACGCUGUACUUACAUUACGGUAAACAAUAUUUGAAAGAUUGCUAUAUUGAAGGAAGUGUGGACUUCAUCUUCGGCAAUAGCACUUCUCUUUUAGAGCACUGUCAUAUUCACUGCAAAUCUACAGGGUACAUAACCGCACAGGCUAGAAAAUCGUCGCAGGAAACAACCGGUUAUGUAUUCUUGAGAUGCGUUAUCACAGGUAACGGAGGAACUUCAUAUGCAUAUCUUGGACGACCGUGGGGACCUUUUGGAAGGGUGGUUUUUGCGUACACUUACAUGGAUCAAUGUAUAAGACAAGUUGGUUGGGAUAACUGGGGGAAAGUCGAGAAUGAGAGAAGUGCUUGCUUUUAUGAAUACAGAUGUUUUGGACCUGGUUGUUGUCCAACCGAUCGAGUAGGAUGGUGUAGAGAAUUGAUUGAUGAAGAAUCAGAACAGUUCAUCACGCAUCCUUUCAUUGAUCCAGAACCAGAAAGAUCUUGGCUUUGUCAAAGAAUGGGUUUGAGGAUUCCAUAUUCUGCUUAGAAAAUACUCGAACGCGAGAGAAUAUUCCACGGUUAAUUAACUUGAGAAGGUUCCAUCCAUUCGGCUUAGAAAUGUUUCUGUCUGAAGAAAGUUAGCAUUUGUAUGUCUGAAAUGCUUCUGAUGAAUAAGAUACAUUUGCUUAUAAAACAA